AUUUAUCAAUAAAACAACUUAAAAUGCAGAAUUAAUAUUAUUUUUAUUGUUGUUGUUAUUGUUGUUGUAGCUUCUGGUUGUUAACAGUAUUGACAAUGACACUACACCAGGGGAAGUGACAUAUUUCCUGGAUACAGUUGCUGUAGGAAGGGGUUUUGUUAUUGAUGCUUCAGGUGUAACAGGGAACCUGACAAUGACCAACAACACAUUUGAUUAUGAAAAUGACUUGGAUCACUUUUUUAAUGUCACAGUUUAUGCAAGUGAUGGUGUAAAUGUGGCUCAGAUGGAGUUUGCUUUGACACUGGUGGACAUCAAUGAUAAUGCUCCCAUCUUUAACCAGACACACUAUGUGUUUACAAUGCCAGCAGCAGCAAAAUCCGGGUACAAAAUUGGCAGUGUAUAUGCUAAGGACAUGGACAGCCAGUCUUACGUCACAUACAGUAUAUCUGAUACAGUCUCCUUUGCCAUCGAUUCUUCGACUGGUCUCAUAACCAGGGCAGGGUCAGCUUGCAUCUAUGGUAAUGUGACUCUCACUGUCUCUGCAAUGGAUGGAAAAUAUACUUCUGCAGCUGAAGUUGUAAUCAGUGUGACCUCAGAAAAUGCAUAUCCUCCAGUGUUUAACCAGUCAGUUUACAGCUUCACACUGGACAGAAUAGAGGUGCACAAUGAUAUUGAUCUCAUACGUUCAAAUAUGACUCUCAAGGCAACAGAUGAUGAUAAUCAGGGAAGGUGCAUCAGUUCUGUGGCCAAUGGAAAUGGAGUUGUGACCUACAAAUUUUUGGUUUAUGAUAUAUUUUAUUUUACAGAAUCUGGAUCUAUUUUAAUUCUUAAGGACAAGUUCUUGGAGUAUGACAAGCCCACCGUAUCAUUGACAGUUGUGGCCACUGACAAUGCUAUAAAGAACAGAAAGACAGGGACCACCACUUUAGUCAUAAAAAUAAGCAACCAGAAGCCGGUCUUCAAUGACAGUCAGCAAAUGGUGACUUUAUCAGCAGAUGCAGAUGUAAACAGUAGUGUGACAGAAAUUGAGGCAGUGGAUAAGGAUGAGAAUUCAACCACACUCUACAGCAUUGUUAGAGGGGAUAGCGAUUAUUUUAAAAUAGACAAGUAUACUGGUAUUUUACAGUUGAAGAAGAAGCUACCUCAAAGCAAUAAUGACUCCUAUAUGAAUGUGGUAGUAGAAGCCAGGGACCCUGUUUUGGAAGAGGUCGAUGCUGAUCUUGAUUUCUAUGCCAGCAAUCUUGAUGUGAUCAUAACAAUUGUACAACCAAAUAAAAACUUAUUUCCUCCAAAAUUUCAAACUUUUGACGGAAAGAACAUUUCCGACACAAUAAAUGAAGAACCGAAAGCUGUGUACUACAAUGGGAUAAUAGGAUCCAUACAUGUGCAUGCUACAGAUGGCGAUGACCCUAGCAAGCCACAAGGGCAGCUUGUGUAUUCCUUGGAAUACAACUGCCAUAAAUUAAAAUAUCUUGACCAGUCCUUUGUGUGGAACAUCACUCAGAAUGCCAGUAAUGGUACCAUCCAACACCAUGGCAAUAUAACUGACCUUCCUGUGAUGUGUUAUUUAAAUCUGAAUGUGAGGGACAAUGGAGUGGUGGUUAAAUAUUCAAGGAAGACCAUUCCACUGCUCAUCUAUGAAGAACCAGGACCAUCUACGACAACUGAAGCACCCACGACCACAGAGGGUGACACAGUACGCAAUUCAACCUGCCCAUCCAGUAAUAGUUCUGAUACAUAUACUGGUACUUAUAGUCCCCAGCAGGGUGUGAAUAUGGCUGCAGUUGGUACUUUGGCAGCUGUAAAUGGUAUACUCAUUAUUUUGCUGAUCUUAAGUUAUUGGAAAACAUUGAAGAAAUGCAAGAAACCCAGCUUCAAACUAAAGCGUGAAACCACAUUCACUCCAUCUGAAGGGGACACUGGAUAUGAUGUUCAUAGCAUGUUCCCAAGUGGUGAUUAUAGCUAUAUUAAAGAUGUGGCACCAAAUCCACCUCCAAGACCCCAAUUCACAUUACCAAAGCUGAAAAAUCCUCCAGGUGGUAAAGGCAACCCUCUGCAGACUGAUGACGGUGAUGUCAACAAAAGCUACCUAAGUCUAAGAGCUCCAGACAGUAGUGCCGAGGGUUACAAACACCUUGUUUCUAAACCAAAUUACUCUGUUUAUGCUGAUAGAUAUGGAUCUGAUGAAGCUGGCAGUGCUUCUCGAGUGGGAUCACAAAUUUCCCUUCAAAAAGAAAAACAUUUUGUGGAAGAUGAGUCUUGGCAGAGAGCCACCUACAGGCAAGGAAGCCAAAGUCCUGGGAGACAGAAAACACAGACAGACCCAGUUACAAUGUCUAGACCAAGCAAAAGUGGAUCAUCAAUAGGCCAAACUGUAGUUUUCAGUGGACCUAUUAACAUAACCAACAUUUCUCAGCCUAAUCGUACUGCCAUUCUACCUCCUCUUCGUCAAAUGCCUAAGAUGCUCGACAAACACAAACAAGGGGGAAAUGAUGAGAAAUCUGCAGAUACCUCCUUGGAGGAUGGUGCACCACAGGGAGAAGCACAAUCAAGCAUAGAAGCAGCUAGUGAAAAACUGGCUGAAGCUCUUUCAAAUAAAAUUGAAAACAGCCAGGGAGAGAUGUGGUCAAUAGACCAAGGACAUCUCCAUGAAUUAUCCCAUGGCAGUAAAACAAUAAUGGAAAACAUCUACGAAAAAGAAUUUCCUGGUACAAAGACAAAGACUGUCACAGAUGAAAUAGAGCAUAAACCAGCACUUGACAGCUCUACCAUCCCUCUCAGCAGCCAGCCUGUGAAAACAGGUCAAGGUGACCAUUCCCUUAGUCAUGUGGAAUCUCAAGAAAAUGACUGUAAGUCCGAUGAAACCAUUGACGAUAUUGAUAUAGAAGAGACAGAGGCAAGUCAAAAUGGUGACAGUGACCCACUGCCAAGCUAUCCAUCUGCCACGCGUCCAAAUAGUUCAGAUGUAGUUACAAGAAGAGAAAAUCAAUAUGAUUUACCACCAAAAUCAGGCAGGCUCUCUAUUGCCACCCAUAAACCAUCCCAAUAUGAGCCAAACCUUGUAGCUCCAGAGAAUAAUCCUCCAAACUGUCAAGAAAAACCACAUCCACCAAGAUGUUUCCUAGAAAACGAGAAACCACAAUCACCAACAAGUUUCAAAGAGAACAUAGGUAGUUCACUGGAAUCUGUGAAUGUUCCAGAGUUGGAAAAUCUUCGCCCAGGUAGCGCAUCAAGCACUACAUUUACUGUUAUCUCAGAUGAUGGUGCUGUUCAGUAUGGUAAGAGGCGAACUUCUCUAGCUUCAAGUGAAAUAGACGCACAUAUACCCAUAUUGGAAGACUCUAAAACCCAUACAGAGAAUUCUUGGAAACUGAAGCCCAAAAGAAAAGUGGCACCAAGUCCUUCAGACCCGGUGCAUUUUGAGCCCGGAGAGGCAUGGAAUAUGAGCAAUUUAGACAUAGGAAAAAAAGGGGCAGGUGAGGAAAUUUUUGUGCAUGAUGAGCAGGAUUUUGAGGGAGCAAGUAGGCCAAGUUACAAUGAUUUGGAACCAGAUUACGAAGACAAUAAUCAUCAGCCAUUUGGUGGUGAGACUUCAUAUCAUUCACCAGAUGAUGGUAGCAUCAGAGCCUAUGUACCCCAAUCCAGUCAAGAUUCAGUAACACCCAAGAAAAAGAAGAAAAAGUUGAAAAAGAAAAAGUCAAAUUCCACGGAGAAGAAAAAGAAGACUCCAAAAGUGAAGUCUACUGAGGGUUUUGGAGAGUACACAAAUCAGUGGGAAUCCACAUUUUGAAUUGUUUCAUACCCCUGUAAGACAUUAUCUCUUUUGUGACUUAUUACUUGUAUGUAGUUAUUGUAAAUCACCUGUAUAUUUUACAUAAAACUUUGCAGUAUGUGUUUACAUUAAACCAACAGUAGCAAGACUGUAGCUAGAAAUGUCAAAAGGGGUCCUUUUUCUGUAAAAUUAAUGUAAAAUUUUUACAAAUUUGAGAAGUGGCAUAGAACUUGGUUCAGAACAGAUGUUUUCUGGCCUUAGGGGCAGUUCUUUCUUACUCCCCAAACCCCCUGCUUUUAGGCAGGGGAAACCAGCCAGAGUCUCAUGUAUCAAAGUUUGGCACUUUACAGUGUUUUCUUUGUAUAUAUUGAUUGAUACUAUAUUAUCAGUAUAUUAUCAAUAUUUUAUAUUUUUAAUUACGGCUAUAAUAACCAUAAAGAAUCGUUGUACUCGAUAUUUAACACAUUUUGUAAAUAGAUGAAGGUGUUUAAAAUACAGAAUGAAAAAAAAAAAAUAAAUUGUAAAUGCACAAUAAAAAAAAAACGAUUGUUUGAGAAUGAUAUCCCUGUAAUAAUAAGAUAAAAUGUAAUAAUUGUAAAGAGUACUCUUUUUUGUCUUUUGCAGAAAUCUGAAUAAACUUUAGGUUUGUGCUUUUUUAUCACAUAUAUAUUAUACAAACAUGCUGCACUUCAAUGUGUAUCAAACAUGAUUGCAAGUUGGACAGUGAAUCGUUCCAAGUACAUGUACUAAUUACAAAGAAAUAUUGCAUUACAUUACUCAAUAAACUGCUACG